CAAAAUUAGAGAGAAGCUUUUGACAGUAGGUGAGAAACUAACAUUGGCGAAAGCUGUUGACAUAUGUCAAACUGUAGAAUAUGCACAAGAGCAAAUGAAUAACAUGCAAGAAUCGUCUUCUAUUAACUUUGUACGGAAAACUACUCACAAAAAAGAGGAAUCGAGAAAACGAGAUAUAAAGUGCAAAGGCGGGUCGCGGAAAUCAACGGAAAACAAGCCCGAUGUCGCGCACAAAUCGUGCCAAAACUGUGGUCAAUUCCAUGGGGACAAACAGUGUAAGGCGAAGGGAGUGCAAUGCCGAAACUGUAAAAAAUGGAAUCACUACGCGAGGGUGUGCAGGAGUAAACGUGUCAAUGAAGUGAGGGCUGAUGAUUCAUCUGAGGAUAUUUACAUUGAUACAGUAAUUAGUGCUGUGGACAAGAUGUGCAAUCAGGCAUUUGUGGAUAUUAAAACUGGACCUCUGGGAAACAAAUUUCUUUCAAGAUAGACACUGGCGCACAGCACUUCAUGAUGACAGUCACUGCACUUCUGGCGUGUUACUUUGCAAGACGUCUAGAUGAAAUCUACGAUACGUUAAGGCGAUGGGACAACUCAGAAAAACACUUCAGAAGAUUGAAACCUCUCUAUCUGCUUCUACAAUACCCAUCUUUUAUAUGGAGUAUCAUAGGCGCAGCGAUGACAGGACAGACAGGGGUAUGCAGCGACGCUGAAAAGCCUUGUUACUAUACCGUUAACGACAGGGAGAAUCGGGCUAUCGCUAUCGUCAUUAUAGUGGUUCAUGUCAUUAACGGUGUGAUUUCAUUUAUAACACUGAGCACACGGCACAAAAUAAGGCGUGACAAAGAUGUGGACUUGAAUCUUUUGCAAAAGCGAUCUGAUUUAUCAAAUUCAAUUUCACUGUCUUUGAAGCCAUCGGAUUCGAGCACCAAGAAAGAAAAUAACAAUACUGAAAAUUUGAAGAAAGAUACUAGAGAAACGCUUCCACCGAUUAAAGAACCGCAACCACUAAAGAAACACAUAAGCCGGAUAAGCAAUGGGCCUAUAUUCGAUGAAAACGAUACAAACAGACGGAAUGUUCUUCCGCCUUUAAAACAGCAACUGAAACGCCAUCACACCGUGCACGGACCGAUCAGAUCAGCAGACGACAGAAGUUUAAAACCUCAAGGAAAGAUUCAAAACGAGGCUACCGCCUCUUCACUUUCGUCAAAUACAAACGAAAGUAAAAUAAGGAGACUUAUCACGAAAGUAAGCAUUGUGCCACCUAAAAAUAGACAUGCAUCUUUCGUUCAGCCAAGAAACAAGGUAUCCGAUGACUCAAGUGCUUCAUCCGACGAUUCCGACAUAAAUCAACGACCUAAAAGUGUAAAAAAGAACGGUCUUUCAGUUCGACGUUUGAGUGAACACCCGAAAGCACUCCCUCCGUCUUACGACCAAGCUAUAGCGCCUAGUGACACAGAUCCAUACUGGCUUCCUGAUCCCCCUCAAAAUGAUUCCAGCGUGCACUAUUUGCCGGAAAAUAUGUACACUGGCUAUUCUUAUCCAGACACUGACAUAGAACCCGUGCAGCCAUCAAAAGUUGUAACAGCUCAAUGGCAAAUUAGAUAAGCUAUAUUAGUUUGAAAACGAAUAUAUGUACUUACAGUUAAUACCAUUUUGAGUUUAAAUACUUCUUUGCAAAAUUACAAUGUGUUUUGUUUGUUUUGUUGUAACUACAUCUGUUUUAAUAUUUUGCACUGUACAUUUACACAUUGGUCAAUGAAUAAGUCUCAUUAAAGCUCCGGAGAGUUACUUCUUGUCCUAAGCCAGUUCUAAUGGUUUAAAUAGCUUUCAACCGGGUCAAAAUUAAAACCCAACGCCCUUGAGUACAAGCUGUUUCCAGAAAUGUCUACAGUACAUAUUUCGUCUUGCUGUCUGACAUAUCCCCCUUUAAUUGAAAGUGUACCAUUUUCGCAAUAUGUUUGAAGUCAGUUUAUGUUUCAUCUACUUUUGACAUUCCAAACUCGUGGAAAGAGAUCUGGUGAUUGAAUGUUAAUGUGUUUUUUUCUGUAUUUUUAACGCUCCGGCUCAAACUUCA